CAUUCAAGGUUGAGUUGAAGUUGAAGGUGUCAUUUGAGUUAUCUUUCGACUCUGUAUUCUGCCGUAUUUACAAAUCAUCUCUAACCAAAUUUAACACGGUUCAAUGAUUUCGGAUUACGUGGUAAAAUACUAAGUAGUGUAAUAAUGGUUAAGAUAAUAUUUCUCCAUCCUGACUUGGGUAUUGGUGGUGCUGAACGGUUAGUUAUAGACGCUGCGCUUGCUUUCAAGAAUAAAGGCCACGAUGUAGCCUUUUACACGAAUCAUCACGAUCCUACGCACUGCUUCGCUGAGACACGAGAUGGUACGUUUCCUGUAUCGGUUGUAGGGGACUGGAUACCUCGCUCUAUCUUCGGUAGAUUCAAAGCCGCGUGUGCUUACGUACGCAUGGUUUACGCCGCUGUUUACAUGGCGUGGUACGUGAUACCAGAUGAAGAACCGACUCUAAUAUUCUGCGACCUCAUAUCUCUAUGCAUUCCGUUUUUGAAAAUGGCAAGAGGACCGUUCCGUGUGGUAUUUUAUUGUCACCAUCCCGAUAAAUUACUCACUUCUGAAGGAGGGUUAUUGAAGAAGAUAUACAGGGCACCAUUGAACUGGCUGGAAGAACUGACGACAGCCCAGGCAGACAAAGUCCUAGUGAAUAGUAAAUAUACUGCCCGGGUGUACCAGGAUGCAUUCCAGAGAAUCAAAGAGAUACCUGACAUUUGCUACCCAUCUAUAAAUACUGAGUUCUUUAAAAUGACAAUACCAAAACCUUUGAAAGAAGUAGUACCUGUGGGGACUGAUAAGUUUAUAUUUUUGUCAAUAAAUAGAUAUGAGAGGAAGAAGAAUCUUCAAUUAGCUAUAAGAGCAUUUGAGCAUUUGAAGCAUAUUUUGAAUGAGGCUGACUGGAACAGGGUGCAUUUAAUAAUGGCGGGUGGAUUUGACCCAAUAAACUUGGAGAAUAUGGAGCAUUAUAUUGAGCUGACGGAUUUAGUGGCUGAGCUGGAUAUAGAAGAUAAAAUUACUUUUAUGAAAUCUCCCAAAGAUGAUGAGAAAGUGUCACUGUUGCACAACUGCAGGGCUUUGGUGUAUACUCCAUCUAAUGAGCAUUUUGGCAUUGUGCCUUUAGAGGCUAUGUACUUCAAGAAACCAGUGAUUGCUGUGAACAGUGGUGGACCUACAGAGACAAUAGUGAAUGAAGUGACAGGUUUCUUGUGCCAACCUAACAGUAAAUCCUUUGCACAGGCUAUGAGUAAAUUGGUACUGAACCCUGAAUUAGGUGAGAAGCUAGGUGAGGCUGGAUUGAAGAGAUUUGAGACGAAAUUCUCCUUUGAUGCUUUCACGGAGCAAUUAGAUGGUAUCUUGACUAGGGAGAGGCAGAUUGUGUCUGAAGCGAGGGCCAUUGAGUACGAGAAUCGCAAACGUAAAUAACAGGAUGCUGGCACGCCAACAAUAUGUGAUAUUGUUUGAGUGUGCACACUAAGCAUAAGCUAUAAUACUAAUCAUUGUUCACAUGUUAGUGGGGAUAACAAAACUUAAAUAAAAAUCUCGCAAAGCUUACAUAACAAGUUGUAAUGCUAAUAAAUGUUUUGUAAAUAAAGUCAUGUACAUAAUGUAUGUGAUAGUGUAGAAUGAAUGUCUUAGCUUAGGCACUGAUAGCAGAGAUUGUAAUUUAAAACAA